AUGGUCUUUGAUAUUGAUUGCAUGUGCACCUUCGAUGUGCUUGAAUGCUGGGAAGAUGUCAGACGCAUUGAAAAGUACGAAGACAAGUUUGGCAGUCUAGUGUUCCAAAAGUUGUUUGAAAGGUCCCCUCCGUUGAAACUCCUUUUUGGUUUCCCCAUUGAUGUGGAUCCGACGUCUCCAUCCGUCCAAAAGAGCCCCCGCUUCACAACUCAUGCUAGAUUCUUGACUUCAAUGCUUGACCGAACAGUGAAUGUUUUGGGUCCGGAUAUUGAUCUCCUGGCAGAGAUCUUGUCGGCAAGUGCAAAGAAACACAUUCGCUUUGGGCUUGAAGUGGAACACUUUGCCUACAUGUCCGACGUUUUCAUUGAGUCUUUGAGUGAGCUCCUUGGUGACCGGUUCACGUCUAUGAGGCGCGACUCCUGGCAGACAGUGUUGGAUGAAAUUCGCACCGAGAUGGUCAAGUCGAUGAACUUGGAGAAGGCAGUGUUUGCAUCCUGGAGCAAAGUCAAGGAGAUUCCAAACUACCGAGAGGUAGCUGGUUCCAAGUUGUUUCACAGCAUGUUUCUCAAGUGCCCGGACUCCAAGGUUCCUUUUGGUAUUCCUCUAGAUGCAGACCCCGAUUCUCCCACCGUCCGUAACAGUUUGGCGUUUCGAGUGCACUCGGUCCGGUUUGUGGACAUGCUAGACCGGGCUCUGACAAUGAUGGAAGCCAAACAUCUAUCCGAAGAGAUGAUUCGUCUUGGUGCGAAGCAUGGAAAGAUGGGAGUAACACCGAGCAUGUUUCAGUCUCUAUGUGAAGCCCUAUUGCAGACGUUGGGAGAGAUACUUCCGGAACACGCCUGGGACGAAGACACACGGGAAGCUUGGUUUUUAAUGUUUUCCAAGCUUUCCACCCAAAUGAUCAAAGCCAUGCCAUGA